GGGAAAAGGAGGGAGUGGCUUCUGGUAGCUUAAAGUAACCCGGGGAAACUAUCUGCUGUUAGACCGGCCUAGGGAGAGAGGAAGCCCAGGACCUCGGAUGAAGAGACUGAGCCCACCCAUGUGAGACUGUCAAUAAGGAAGACACACCUCAAAAUCUGUACAGAAUGAAUGGGUCAGAUGAGACCCCCGAAUCCUAUGACUAUGACCUAAUUAUCAUUGGAGGGGGUUCUGGAGGCCUGGCUGCUUCCAAGGAGGCAGCCAAAUAUGGCAAGAAGGUCAUGGUAUUGGAUUUUGUCACUCCAACUCCUCUUGGAAAUAGAUGGGGUCUGGGAGGGACGUGUGUGAAUGUUGGCUGUAUACCUAAGAAACUCAUGCACCAGGCGGCUCUGUUGGGGCAAGCUUUGCAAGAUUCCCGCAAAUAUGGCUGGCAGGUCGAGGAGCAAGUCCAACAUAAUUGGGAAAGUAUGACGGAAGCAGUCCAGAAUUACAUUGGCUCUCUGAACUGGGGUUACCGGGUAUCCUUACGGGAGAACAAGGUCACCUACGAGAAUGCUUACGGAGAGUUUGUGGGCCCCCACAGGAUUAAGGCAACCAACAACAAAGGUAAAGAAAAGUUCUAUACGGCAGAGAAAUUUCUCAUCGCCACUGGAGAAAGGCCGCGCUACCCGGGCAUCCCAGGGGACAAAGAAUAUUGCAUCAGCAGCGAUGAUCUUUUCUCCUUGCCUUACUGCCCGGGAAAGACACUGGUGGUUGGGGCUUCUUAUGUAGCCCUUGAAUGUGCUGGGUUUCUGGCGGGCAUUGGUUUGGACGUCACUGUGAUGGUUCGGUCCAUUCUCUUGAGAGGGUUUGAUCAAGACAUGGCCAACAAGAUUGGGGACCACAUGGAAGAACAUGGCAUCAAAUUCAUUAAGCAGUUUGUUCCUGUUAAAAUCGAACAGAUCGAAGAAGGCAUGCCCGGCAAACUGAAGGUGGUGGCUCAGUCCACCAGUGGCCAGGACACCAUUGAGGGCGAGUAUAAUACGGUGCUGCUGGCAAUAGGACGAGAUUCAUGCACAAGAAAAAUCGGCUUGGAAACUGUAGGGGUGAAGAUCAAUGAAAAGACAGGGAAAAUACCCGUCAAUGAUGAGGAACAGACCAAUGUACCUUACAUCUACGCCAUCGGGGAUAUCUUAGAAGACAAACUGGAAUUGACUCCAGUGGCAAUCCAGGCAGGCAGACUGUUGGCUCGGCGACUUUACGGAGGUUCUAAUGUAAAGUGUGACUACGACAAUGUCCCCACCACCGUGUUUACUCCCUUGGAAUAUGGGGCUUGUGGCCUCUCUGAAGAGAAAGCCAUUGAGAGGUUUGGAGAAGAAAACAUAGAGGUCUACCACAGCUACUUUUGGCCCCUGGAAUGGACCCUCCCAUCAAGAGAUAAUAAUAAAUGCUAUGCCAAAAUCGUCUGCAAUGUCAAAGACAACGAACGUGUUGUAGGUUUCCACGUCCUGGGCCCAAAUGCAGGUGAAGUCACUCAGGGCUUUGCUGCGGCCCUCAAGUGUGGACUGACCAAAGAGCAGCUGGACAGCACGAUCGGAAUCCACCCAGUGUGUGCAGAGGUGUUUACCACGCUAUCUGUGACUAAACGGUCAGGGGGAAGCAUCCUCCAGGCGGGUUGCUGAGGUUAAGCCCCAGUGUUUGUUGCUGCUGCUGCCUCCGGCGACUCUGGAUUUCAUUACGUUAUUUUUCCUCGGGUAGAGAAAAGCCUUAAGAGAAUCCACCAUCACUCUCCGCCUCUCCUGACACUAGAAAGGAGAGGAUCCUCGAACCUUGGGACUUCUCCAUACAUCGUGGUGGUGCCCGGAGAAGGCAGUUAGCAAAACACUGGGAUUGUCGCAGCGUACAUGAAACUGAAGUCUAGUGGUGCAUCCAACAGAUGCGUUCAUGACGUCAUCACCUAGAAGCCCGUAUCUUGUGGUGGGUGGUGACCAAAGAGCCACCAGGGUCAGUUUUAUCAAGACUUUUGUUUAGUUUUGUUUUCAAUGAAGAAUGUCCUCCAGUGGUUUCUGCAGAAACCAGAGAGUUGAGGCCACUGCCUCUGAUAAUGCUUUUGAAGCAUAGAUUGAUGAUCUAGGGGCCUCCCAGUGAGGCCUUUCGCCUUUUGCUAUAUGAGCAUGCAUGCAACAUCAGAGGUGUGCCCCUCAAAGAGGAGACUAAGCAGCUUGUUCCUUAUUCCAUCUAAGAAUUGAAAUGACCUUUAGUCUCUGCUUUUUUAGAAAUUUCCUUAUCUAGUUGAGGGCACAUAUAUCCAUCUCUGUCCUCUUCCUUCCCCUAAGCAGAUUUCACCACUUUGCAAGAUGGUGAUAUUGUUGGUUGCCCAAGUGCUUUUUAAGGAGUUGAACUGUGACCCUUAUGGGCUAGAGAUCUGAACCGCAGUUCCUUCACAAAACCCCAGGGUAGCACAGGUUUUAGAUUUGGCCUUAAUUCAGUGAAACAGGGUGCUUUCUUCCAGGAAUAAUCACAGCAUCCACAUGUGCACUCUGUAGCUAACGACAGGGGGGAAAUAAUUUAGAAUACCUUGUCUCGACCCAUUCCUUGAUCCUUUUGGACAAGGUGAGAAUGAUAGCCUAAAACCAUCACAACUCCAUUUUCUUGUCAAGUAUCUAUUUAUGGGUCCCCUCACUCACGAGGAGAUGAGGCAGUCCAUCCACACUUGUGAUUGCCAGUCUUUUGGGGGAGCUGAGGGGAGCAGACCCAUUUCGUUUUUGGUUUCCUCUUUCUCACUCGCUUUUUUUAAAAGAUAUUAUUCAUGUAAUAAAUUAUUUAAUUUUUUUUUUAAACCCACGGAUGGAUCUGAAGGAUUUUUGUGUUUCAUAAACAUCAAAUGGUUUUGGCUCCUUUGUUUUGGGGUGAGGAAUGGGGAAAGAGGAUGUUAUAGGGUAGUAUCUUGUACAGAAUUGUUUUCUCUUAGAUCCCCAGCUUAGAAUAGCUGUUUAUGGGAGACAGGAUUGUGUUUAGGGUACCUGUCUCAUUGGAGAAGUUUAAUGGAGAGCGGACGUUGGGCUGUAAAAUGGGUCUGCAUGUCCCAGCAUAUAUUUAUAUAGCUCCAUGCCCACUUGUAACUUGUAAUUCAUCUUAGCUGGUGCAGAGUAAUUGUUUUAAAGUCCCCAUCCAGGGAGCCUCAGGAAAUACACUCCUUUGUUUGACCUUCACAGUACAGGGUCCCCAUUCAUUUGCCUCUGUGUACUCAACCUAGGGUCUCACACUCUAGGAAGUUCAGCAAGGCCCGAACUCACACCAAGCUUACGUAUGGGCCCCUGUGUAGAAAAAUGGAAAGGUUGGCAGGACGGAGUCAGGAGACGGCAGUUCUGCUGUUUGUGAUAAGAUUUCUCCAAAUCUUCCUGUCUCUGGAAUUUGAAAAGGGAAAUGGGCAACACGGAGGUCAUUGUGUUUUGAAUUUAAUCGUGUUCCCAUUCGCUCUCCUUGGUGUGUCUAGAAGACCCCUGGUAAAAGAAGGAAUCUCAUCUGAAGAGUUGGCCUUAUUUGGUUUUCCCCCAAUUGGACCCCUUAGCAAACUAAUCUUUUUUGUUGUUUAUGAUCAUUUUGGAAGAAAAAACUUGAUAAUGUGAAACAUUAAAUAAUAUUUAUAUUCAUCUUGU